CAGCGGCCUCGACUGGAGCAUGGCUGCGCUCCCUGGGACCGUACCAAGGAUGAUGCGCCCAGCACCCGGACAGAAUUACCCCCGUACCGGAUUUCCUUUGGAAGUCUCCACUCCGCUGGGCCAAGGCCGAGUCAAUCAGCUGGGGGGCGUCUUCAUCAACGGGAGACCCCUCCCCAACCACAUCCGCCACAAGAUCGUGGAGAUGGCCCACCACGGGAUCCGGCCCUGCGUCAUCUCAAGGCAGCUGCGGGUGUCCCACGGCUGCGUCUCCAAGAUCCUCUGCCGGUACCAGGAGACAGGAUCCAUCCGUCCGGGGGCCAUUGGAGGCAGCAAGCCCAGGCAGGUUGCAACUCCUGACGUAGAAAAGAAAAUCGAAGAGUACAAGCGGGAGAACCCGGGAAUGUUUAGCUGGGAGAUCCGGGACAGGCUGCUGAAAGACGGGCAUUGCGACAGGAGCACGGUCCCUUCAGGUUUAGUGAGUUCGAUUAGCCGAGUGCUCCGAAUCAAGUUUGGGAAGAGAGAGGAAGAGGAGGAUUGCGAGAAGAAAGAGGAGGACAGCGAGAAGAAAGCCAAACACAGCAUCGAUGGGAUUUUGGGCGACAAAGGCAACAGGCUGGAUGAAGGAUCUGAUGUUGAAUCCGAGCCAGACCUUCCUCUGAAGCGUAAGCAGCGCCGUAGCAGGACAACCUUCACGGCCGAACAGCUCGAAGAGCUGGAGAAGGCCUUUGAGAGGACCCACUACCCGGAUAUCUACACCCGAGAAGAGCUCGCUCAGAGGACCAAGCUCACUGAGGCGAGGGUCCAGGUAUGGUUCAGCAACCGAAGAGCACGAUGGCGCAAGCAGGCGGGAGCCAAUCAGCUGGCGGCUUUUAAUCACCUGUUGCCAGGGGGCUUCCCGCCCACUGGGAUGCCGACUCUGCCUCCCUACCAGCUGCCAGAUUCGACCUAUCCCACCGCUGCUCUUUCCCAAGAUGGGGGCAGCACUGUGCACAGACCCCAACCUCUCCCGCCCUCCACCAUGCAUCAGGGGGGCUUGGCAGCGGCAGCAGACUCCAGCUCAGCCUACGGCGCCCGGCACGGUUUCUCCAGCUAUUCCGACAGCUUCAUGAACCCCGCAGCUCCGGCGAAUCACAUGAACCCGGUCAGCAAUGGCCUCUCUCCACAGGUGAUGAGCAUCCUGAGCAACCCCAGCGGGGUCCCGCCUCAGCCCCAAGCGGAUUUCUCCAUCUCCCCGCUCCACGGCAGCUUGGACACCGCCAACUCCAUCUCGGCCAGCUGCAGCCAACGGAGCGACUCUAUCAAGUCGGUCGACAGCUUGCCCAGUUCCCAGUCUUACUGUCCACCAACCUACACAACCACCGGCUACAGCGUGGACCCCGUGGCCGGCUACCAGUACGGCCAGUACGGACAAACUGCUGUCGACUAUUUGACCAAGAAUGUGAGCCUCUCCACACAACGCAGAAUGAAACUAGGGGAACAUUCAGCUGUGCUGGGUCUCCUACCCGUCGAAACAGGCCAGGCUUACUGAUGGAUCCACUUAUACGAAUCCUGCCACGAUGACAGUCUGCCACCAUUGGGACCAAAAAG